AUGAGUGAAAUUUUGACUGUUCCUUUUAAGCGUACUUUAAAGAUUGAUUUUGCAUCGGCAUUAAGGAAAGUAAUUGAUUCAAAUUCUUAUCAAGCAUCUAGUUUCUUUGAAGAGGAUAUAUUGAAAUUAGCUAACUUGCGUGAUUCAGUUAUUGAUCCAGGAGUAUCUGAGCCUGGAUUACAGCUGUUAAAACAAUACUAUAAACAUUUAGUUGAAUUUUCUGAAAAAAUACCAUCAGAUCAGAUCGAAUUUACAUGGUUUCAAACAUUAUGUCAAAAGUCUUAUAAAAGUUGUCAAUAUGAUAUUAAAUUUGAACAGCUGAAUAUUUUAUAUAAUAUAGGGGCACUCUAUGCAUUAUUGGCUAUUCAAUAUAAUGAUCAAUCUAAAGAAGGUUUGAAGAAAGCAUGUUCGUAUUUGCAAAUUAGUGCUGGAUACUAUUCAUACGUAUUGAAAAAUUUAGAUAAGACUAAAGAACCUGUUAUCGAUAGGAGCACCGGUGAAGCACUAGUUGCAAUAACUCUAGCAGAAGCACAGGAAUUGUUCUGGUUCCGUGCUUUGAUAGAUAAGCAUAAGGAUUCGUUAAUUUCAAAGCUUGCUCAACAAACUUGUGAUCUUUACAAGGAAGCGUCUCAACAUUCUAGUAAAAGCGAAUUAAUACGUGGCGAUUGGAGUCAGUUUCUCAUUGAUAAGAGUGAUUAUUUCAAAGCAGUUGCAUAUUAUAGAAAUGCAUUGCAGUUGGAAACCCAGAAAAGACAUGGUGAAAUGGUCAGAUCUUUAGAGGUUGCUCUAGAUGUAAUAACUGAUUGUAAACUAGAGAAAGCUGCUGAAUUUCGUGAAAGAAUUGAGACAUUAUUGAAAGAGUCAAGAAGAGAUAAUGAUUUUAUAUAUCUGGAAGAAGUUCCAACGAAUAUCGAUAUCAUUAACGGCGGUACCGCACUAGUUAAAAUUGUUGACAUCGAGGAUGAUUUGAAUAGUAUUCAAGUAAAUACACUUUUCAAAGAUUUAUUACCUACCUUUGUAUUAGAUGCAGCCAGCGCAUAUAAUGAAAGACAAGAAGAAUAUGUUAUAAACAAUAUUAACAAACCUAUCGAAGCAUUGAAUAAAUUAUUAAAUAGCCAAAUCCCACGUGAUAAGAUUCCUGAUACCAUUAAGCUUGUUAAUGAAGACGAGAUAAAUAUAUGUAAGGAAUCGUUUAAUACAUUUAAUAAAUAUAACGAAUUGAUUCGAGAACGAUUAAAUAAAAUUGAACAGAUGCUGAAUGACGAAUCUCGGAAUGACAAAGAUCUAAGACUUAUCUUUGGUACAUUAAGGUGGAGGCUACCUGAAUCAGAUAGUGUAAAUAAGACAUUUUACGAUAAACUUAAUAAAUUACGAUGCUAUUCACAAGAUGGGAAGAACAUUGAUAAUGAUAAUCUGGCAACAUAUAACUUAAUUGAUAUUAAUUUGUUAACAACGCCUAUGGAUAAGAUUCCUAGAGGUGAAAUGAGGGGAUCUGAUAUUGGUAAACAUAGAUUAUUGAAAGAUAUUGGUAAUGAGAUAAGGCGUAGAGAAUUAAUAAUCGAUCAAACUGCUAAUUUUUCAUCCAAACAUAGGAUAUUACCGUUAAUCAUCGAAUUGUACAAGAAGAAUGGACAAACUACGUUUGAAAGUGAAUUUAAAGAACAUUUAGAAAAAUUUUCCAAAUACUUAGACGAGAUUACCAAAAUGAAGAGUAUAAACGGAAAUAUUAUUAAAGAAUUAAGCGAUUAUGAGGCUCAAAAUCAAGAAGUUAAAAAAGAAGAUAAUCACAGAUUAACGCCAUUACAAAUAUAUAUCGAAGAUUGGCAAGCUUCAUACAAGAUAUAUGAGCAAGUAAAAGAGAGUAUUCGUGAUGGUAGUGCAUUUUACGAAGAUUUAAUUAAGAAUGUUGACAAGUUAUUUGAGGAUACAGUUAAAUUUAUUGAUGACCGUAAUGAAAAUAAGGAAUUGUUAAAGGCUGAAUUAAAUCACAGUUAG